AUGUUUGGAUUUGUGGCCAAUAAUGAUCAAUAUAUGAGCCUAACCUUUGCUGAAGAAUGUAAAGGGAAGAGCUUUGAGGAGUGGAGGUGGGAAUUUUACUCAGUCUUUGAGAAGGAUAGGAAGGAAGAAAGAGAUGGACUACUUGUUGCUGAAUAUUUGCAAACAAGGAAAUUUAGAAAGGUUCCUCUAACACUGGAAUCUAACAAUAAUUUACCACUACUGUUUGAUUCAUCGUUUUCUACUGAAUAUUUCACACUCCCCACUUCUGAAGAAGAGAAUGAAACACCACGAGUCAAAGAAUUAAUUAUAACAGACGGUUAUAGAUCAUUUUUUAAUAAUGAUCUGUACUCUGAUUUUACUAUUAAGUUUAUGAAACAAGGGAAAGAGAUUAACAGCUUGAAAGUACACAAAAUGGUGCUUGCAGAGAAUAGUGACUUUUUCAAGAAUAUGUUUUCAUUGGGUAUGAUAGAAUCGAAUAGUAAUGAGCUGAUUGUCGACUUGGAGGAAGAGAAAGAGUAUGCAUUCGUUAGAAUGAUACAAUCAAUCUAUGAUCCCACGAUAUUAUUCAGAGACAUGUUUUUAAAUUAUGAAUUGAUACUAUUAUUUGAUAAGUAUGGAUUUGAUACUCAUAAGAGAACCUUAAUUAGAAAUGUGUUGGCCACUCGCGAUAAUAUUUCAUUUUUCCAAUACAUGUUCAAUAACUUGUUUGUUUAUGAAAUUGUAGUUGAUGGCCAUUCUAACGAACUGAUUCAAGCAAUCAAUAGGAAUCCAAAUGUAUUGGCAAGCUACCGUGAUCUUGCCCCUGACCUACUGGUCAGAUACUCUAAAAAAUCCUUUUUAAAUGAGUUUCAAUGGAAUACCUUUUCCUUUCUUUAUUCAGCAGUGGAAGACAAACAUUUGAAAGAAGAAUGCUUUGCUAUUGCACAGAGAAAAUUUUCAACGCCUUUAGAUUUUAAAGUCAGAAGACAAUUUUCAAAUUGGAAAGAUUGA